GAAAAAGGGAGAAAUGGUUAUGAUCUGUUAUUCAACAUCAUUUAUCUGACUUUAUUUCAAUUCCAGGUUUUUCAAUCAGUCUCCAGCAGAGGGCAGGAUGAGCUGACUGUAAUAUGAACUCUGUGUGUGUGCGUGUAUUGUUAUAUUUAUGAGGUCCAAAUAUCCUCACUAAUACAACUCGCUCAGUGUGAAUGUGUUGCAACAUGCCUCUGAUGUCAUCACAUCACUCUUCCUGAUAUUUAUAGUAGUGCAACGCACUGCAUGGCAGGCCGUUUUAACAUCUGUUGCUUAAAUUGUAUUGGUUUAAAACACUGACACAGAAAUCUCAUCUUUGUCUUUUGCUGCAUUAUUAUUUACCAUUGUUUGCAUACUAUGGAGAAAAGCUAUAAUGAUUAUGAGUUAUUAUUAUGAGUGCCCAAUAAAUCUGGAUAAGAUAACUGUUUAAAAUGAAAAGUACUAGUAUUUAUAUUUUCUAGUAAAAGAAAUACAUGUUGAAAACCCAAAGGUCACCGUUACAUUAAAUUCUAUUAUUUAAAAAAGUACAAGUAACAUACAAAUGCUAAAAUGAACAAUUUAAGCUAAAAUGAACUAGACAUUUUAGUCUAGUAAAUUAUCAUUUAAAUGUUCAAAUGUUUUGCCAUAAAGCUCUAUGGGAGGAGCUCAAUUUUAGUUGUGUGCCAAACUGCGCAUGUCAUAGAAUGCGGAAGAGGAAGAAGCUACACUCUGUUAUCAACACUAGCAUCACAAUAGAACGUAAACUUUUACGGCUGAUUAGGAAACGUUGACAGCUCUAGCAAGAGCUCUAGCUAUAUUUAGAGCACUUAUAUUGUUGAAUAUUAUAUUGAGUGAUUUUGCUGUGAGAUGAAAUGAACAUCUGAUGUUGCUUCAGUCACGCUGUCGAUCCACCGACGUGUGAGGAUCAGACCACUGUGUUCAACAAUGCAGUGCAUCACAAUGAAGUCUAUUCUGAAUUUGAUGUUUGCUUUUAUGGUUGUCUUUUUCAAAGGAAUGUUCUGCCAGAGUAUUCAGUCUGAUUUUAAGUUAAUAAACCAACUGUACACAUUCCCUGGUAAUGCCAGUGUCUGUCUUCACGCUGAAUGGAGAAAGAAACACCCCACAGAUGCUACAAUCGCCACAUACAAAAACCGUAUGUGCGCGGCUGAAAAAGGAUUUGAGGAAGAAUUCGGAUGUGAAGACAACCACCUGCUUCUCAAAUCAGCAAACUACAAUGACCAGGGGCGCUAUGAGUUCAUCUGUGAUGGGGUUCAAACUCAAAUUAAUCUGGAUGUUUUAUAUGCUGAGAACAAGAGUGUGGUAGAGACAGACAACAUCACCCUCAAAUGUUAUGCAGUCAAUGCCAAGGAUGUGACAUGGAUGCACGACAACGAAAGAGUUCUGCACUUCAAGACGGAUGGAUCCAUAAACCCUGGCAAAGGCUACGAGGGAAGAGCGUCGCUGGCUAAGGACUGCUUCAAAACCGGCGAUCUCUCUUUGACCAUCGCUGGUGUUCGCAUAGAAGAUGCCGGAAUAUAUCGCUGUUUUGUGGAUGAUGAAACAGUUAAAGGAAACCCACACGCCUGUGUGCUGCUUGUGAAUGAGAAACGCUCCAGUCCAGGAGACCAGACAGACUGCAGCUGCAAUGAAGCAAUUCUGAUCACACUCACUGUAGUUUUUGGGCUCAUCUCAGUGAUCAGCGUGACAUGUUUGAUCACCAUAAUACUACUGUGCACAACCACUGGACAUAACACCACUGGAAAUGACCAUAUGCCGAUGACUGCUAUCAGCACAACACAACCUCCCAAUGAAAGUCAGCCACUGGUUCCUUAUUCUGUUCAGGAGAGCGACUUGGGCAAUAAGACUUCCAACACCAUGCCUAUUUUUUAAUCCGGUGUAAUGAGGCCUGUGCAAAUACAAACAUUUAGGCCUGUUUUACACCGCAAGCAAUAGAGCUUUCACAGUGUUUCAAAAAUCGAUUCAAACUGUAAUGAAUGUAAACAGUCAAGUUGAGGCAUUAUUCACUCCAGCAUUAAAUGUUACCAUGAAAAACUAUGUUAAGUAAUUAUGGAAUAACUGACGACAUUUCCGUGUGUUUGUGUGAGCAUGCGUUCGUACAGUAUGUGUGUGCAGGAGAAAGAAUGUGCACGUGUUAUUUAGCAGGAAAAUCACAGAAAUUUUUUGUCAUAUUUCUUUGCAGUCAGUGUCAUCGGCUUUGAUUAAUCUGCUAUUGCGGGGACUUAAGUUAAAAAGUAACUUAAAUAAUUUGGUUAAGUGAUAUAAAGCUAUAAUUACAGACCUGGAACUACUUCACAGCUGUGUGUUUACUGGAAAAUAAUAAUUGCACAUCUUAGAAAGUUUGUCAGCCAUUUAGAAUCAAGCAUUUAACAACCCUGUGAUGAAAUAGGUUUACACAGUAUUUUCAUACCCUAAUAUGGGCAAAGAAGUUAAUUUAUAGAAAAAUAAAUUAAAUCUGUGGUGAGAAAAAAGGGAAACUUUUCUAUGUAAAUAUCUAUGUAUUUUCCCUUCACCUUCGGACACUCAGCAUUAGCCCUAUUGAUGUUAAUUUAUUGAAUGUUUUGUAGGAUCACAAUCUUUGUAACCUUCACACAGUGCAUUAACUCUGACGUUCCUGUAAAGUCAGACUGUCUUAUCAAAACCUCAUGUAUGAAGACAUUUGUGUAGCUUCAGUUUAGCACUUUUCUGAGUCAGAACAAAUUACUGUGGUCUUUGCUAUUACAUGUAUUUUCUGUUCUUUUUACUAUAUGCAUUUCUUAUUUUUAUUGUCUAUUUAAUGGAUACAGCUUUAUAUUUGUUGAGAGUGUUACUUGUAGUAGCUGAAAUGUGCCACUAAAACUUUUACCAGUAGUGGUUUCUAAUUCUGACUGAACAAUAAGGUUAUAUUCGCAAAUCAGUGACAUUAUUCAGAGUAAUAAAAUGCACAGGUGCUAGUCAAUAAAUACAUUUUAUCUAGAACAAAUGAUGUUGUUUUGAAUUUACACACAUAUGCACAAACUGUUUUCAGCAUUGAUGAUAAUAAGAAAUGAAAACAUUUCU